AUGGCGGCUGCGCUGAUGCAGGCUGUCGUGUCCGAGGAGGAGAAGGAGGCAACGCUCCUGCCGUUCGUCCACGCGCGCUUCCGGCAUCUGCUGCCUUCCUGGUUUUCAAAGAAGGUGGCCCGUUUCCGCAUCGGCGACGGUCUGGUGUCUGUGAAUGGGAGAACGGAGCGUUUCCUGCACCACCCCUUGAAACCUGGGGACGUCGUGUGCAUCGAUGCCAAGCAAGUGCGAGCCGCGCAGCUUCUCCGGCGCAGGCGAGAGGAAGCGCCUCUACUGCGAGACCAAGACGGCGCUGACCGGACGACAAGCCUUCGGAGCCUGCGACUUUUGGAGUGGCUGCACCUGAAGGAGGGCCUCUCACUCAAGGAGGCCCGCUGCGCCAUCCGCGAGGGCCGGGUGAAGAUUGACGGCGUGCCCGUCGAAGAUCCGGCGAGAUUGGUCCCUCCCAGCUCCGCGGUGGCUCAAGCGCCUGCAAUCGAGGCCGAAGAUCCCGACGCUCUUGGCGUAAGAGUCUUGCACGAGGAGUCCGGGUUCGCCGUGGCUUGGAAGCCCGCCGGAAUCAGCGCCUCUGAUUGCGCUGCGGCGCUGCCAAAGAUGGGAGUCCCGGGCGACCCGGGAUACCCGAAAGCAGCGUCCAGCGUGGAGCAGUCCCUUUGCGGACUCGUCCUCGUUGCCACAUCCGCAAGCGGCUGGCGCCUUUUGUGCCGAGCCCUUGGCAACGAAGAGGCAGUGAAGGAAGAGUUCAUGGAGCCAAAGGAGCUCCGAGCGGCGCGGUGCCAUUUCCUGGUGGUGGUGGAUUGUGAGGCCAGCGCCCCGGGCAACGAGUGGCGUCCCGGAGAUGGUCCCUUCGAGCUGCUGAGGCCCUGGCGAAGCACCCGCUGGAUCCGCGGAAGGGGCCAGUUGCAGGUCUUGGAGUGCAUCUGCCCUGCACCCCUUCCGGGGUCCAAGCUGUUCGCAUCCUCCUUGGCCAACUUGGGCUACCACAUCCUAGGCCGCAAGGGUACCCGCGGCCGCCCUUUGAAAUGCGUGCUUGCGUGGAGCUUGGACUUGCCUCAGGGCUGCUUCGAGUUCAGGGCAGAAGCCCCGGCGCAGAUGCUGAAGGCCUUCGAGGCGGCCUGCGCCACGUGGCGAAGGCAUCAGGAAGCGCUGAGUGCACGCCAGGGACGGCUUCCUGAAGAGGAGCGAGCGGCGCCUGGUGAAACUGCAGCGUCUGCGACGCAGAUUGCCUAUGCGCGGGGCUGGGAGCUUUUCUGCAGCCACCGGUUCCAGGUCUCGGAUGCUGUGAUGGUGCCUCGCCGUGGGACGGAGGUGGUGGCGCAACGGGUCUGCCAGGCGCUUGGUGCUGUCAAAAAGCCAGGUCCCCUGCGAUUGUUGGAUCUCGGGACGGGCAGCGGCUGCAUCGCCAUCUCCGCUUUGCUCGACCUCCAGGGAAGCGAUGCCGAAGCCGUCGGCUUGGACAGCAGCGCUGAGGCUUUAGCUGUGGCCACUCGCAACGCCGAGCUCCUCCUGCGUAACCCACAGCGAUUUCAAGCGGUGGACUUGCUCCAGCUCUUGCUUGUUUAG